UAACGGAUCCGCAGCGGCAGCCUAGAGCCCAGACAGCCCUGGCGAGUCCGAGAUAUCAUCGCUUGCUGCCACAUCGCAUCUGAUCAGGCCGCAUGAUAAACGGCCGAUAUAUCAACCAUGCUUUUCCGCCAGAUGUAGUUCGCAGAUCAUCGCCGUGCACGAGUCGCGAAACUCUACCCACCAUUCGCUAUUGAUAAUCGGCCCCCCUAUCCGCGUGCAACUGAUGUUUGACGUAGGCCAGCACUAAAACAUUCGCUGGCCUCACUUUGUGCAAACAAACACACAACAACAGAUAUGCGCCUGCGCAACCCCGCCAUACUCGACAACGGCGCACCUCGACUUUCACCAUCAUGUGGCGGAGAGUCUACUUCUUUCUAAUCCUUGUGCGCAUCUACUUUGCCCUGUCGCCCAGCUACCUGCACCCGGACGAGAACUUCCAGGGCCCUGAGGUCAUCGCCGGACGCGUCUUCUCCUAUCCCGUCCACGAAACCUGGGAAUUCACCUCCGAGAACCCCAUCCGCAGUACCUUCCCGCUAUGGCUCGCAUACGGUUGGCCCAUGUACAUCUUGCGCUGGCUAUGGGAGGGUUUCGGCUAUGAUGUCUCGCCGUCGGUCGUAUACUGGACACUGCGAGUACUCAUGCUGUCGUUGAGUGUCGUCAUGGAGGACUGGGCCAUCCACGAACUGGUCGCUUCACCCCGCGCGCGUCGCGUUGCCGUUAUGCUCGUCGCAUCUUCUUAUGUGACUUGGACGUUCCAGACACAUACCUUCUCGAACAGUCUCGAAACACUAUUGGUGCUCUGGAGUCUGGUGUUGAUCCAGAGGAUAACAGACGACAAGAAGCGCUCCGGCAUACUGGCCUCGUCCAUCCUCGGCUUCAUGGUCGUCGUGGGCAUUUUCAACCGCAUUACCUUUCCAGCAUUCUUGUUGCUUCCUGCGACGACCUUGCUACCUCACUUUCAGCGCAAACCAUUCUCUUUGGUCUUCUUGGCUACAUUCGCUCUCUUCACAGCUUUCCUUGCUAUCUGCGUAGAUACGGCGUUUUAUACCCCUGGCGAGUUUACCUUCUCAAAAGUCUUCAAUGGGCCGGUUAUUACGCCCUUCAAUAAUUUCCGCUACAACUCCGAUUCCGCAAACCUUGCCCAGCAUGGCAUACAUCCACGAUACCAGCAUUUCCUGGUCAAUCUUCCUCAACUCCUCGGACCAGCGACGCCGUUUCUGUUCUUCUUGCGCAGGGCGCAUAUUUCUAUGAUUCUGGUCUCAGCUAUUUCCGGCGUUGCCUUUCUCAGCAUCUUCCCACACCAGGAAGCACGAUUUUUACUGCCCGCCGUACCGCUAAUACUAUCCUCGAUACGCAUACCUACUCCGCGUAUCAGAAAAAGCUGGAUUAUUACUUGGGUCGUCUUCAACGUCGCUUUUGGCAUCUUGAUGGGCGUGUAUCAUCAGGGUGGCAUUGUCCCAGUCCAGAUGAACAUUGCCAAAACGAACGAAACAGUUUCUCAUGCGUUCUGGUGGAAAACCUACAGCCCUCCGACAUGGUUGCUGAAUGGCAAGAACGAGGAACUGCAGACCGUAGACUUGAUGGGCUGUCCGGCCGAAACAAUGAUCGAAAAGGUCAAAGAAGCACUACCGCCUUGUCGAACGCGGAAACCACCAAAGGCUGAUCGCGGCGCUGUUUACGUGGUAGCACCAAGAUCAGCACAUGCUUUGAUACCAUAUCAGAGCCCCACCACCUCAAAAGAAGUCUCGUUGCAGGAAGUCUGGAGCUACCGUCAGCAUCUCAAUCUUGACGAUAUGGACUUUGCCGACGAUGGCGUUUGGAACACCAUUAAUCGCGUUGUCGGCGAUCGUGGAUUGGUAGUGUGGCGAGCUACUCGGAACUGCUGGUCUACACCUCAAGAAGGCGAACCUGUCUCUGAAUAGAGACACACAUUAGAAAGAAUCUUGGUAGUUCGAUUUCUUGGAUUUAUCGUACAAGAUAUCAGAAAUCUGGCAGCGCAAGCUAAACACUCGAUUUGUUUUCCCCUUACCUUCUUCUGCAUAUAUACCCAACAACUCUUUUACGUAGUUUCUCUU